GAUGGUGCCUGGAGUCCUCACGCAUCACAUUUCAGGCCAAUGACACGCACCGAGAAGACACUGAAUGAUCUCGCGACGCCUAAGAAAGGUAAACAGGAACUCAGGUUUAGUUUAUUCAUUUAUUCAUUAAUUUAUUAAUUUAGUUUAGUCCCUACAGUUUACUUUGGAUAAUUAAGGACCACUAAAGGCACGGAUUAGGAUCUCUGUACACGCUAAUCCCAGAAAGAAGACUGUAGAGUGAGUCAGAAGCUCAGAAAAAACACACACCGACAUGAACAAAUCAGAGGGAGUGGCUGUUUUCCAUGUGGUUUCCCCAUUUCUGAAUGACCAUCCAGCCAAAGAUGUUAAAUGAGAGGAAGCACCAUACAAGAAAUCAGGACUUCCGAGAGCAGCGUGGAGCCUUGUUAUAGCAGUCAGGCAACAAUCAGAGCCUUCAUCGUUCUCAACGCUGAUCCCCAGUCUAUUUUUAUCGCUGAGGCAACGCACCAAUUAAAUCGGGCAUAUCUGAUGAGGUUCAGGGAGACGCAGGACUAAGGGGAAGGAACAGCAUUGUGCACCUGGCCGCUUGGGUGAAGCAGACGACCCUAAACGUCUACUCCUUUAUACUUGGAUAUGUGUACUACUUUGAGCUGAGGUGUGGCAAUAAUGAGCUAAUUUUGGAAAUUGACACAGACAUUCAAGACAACAUGUGAAGGUGGUGCUUUAGUUCCAGGUCUCCUGCCAUGAGCUAAGCCCCCCAGUGGCCUGUGGCAGGAUGACUGCCGUCUAUCCGUCUGGGGGGGGCUCCGUCGGGGUCUCAGCUGUGGGUCCCCAGCGUUAUGCACGAUGGAGCCGUCAGGACAGCUCCGACAUCUGCACGGACGACGAGGGGACCCAGCUGCGCCGCCUCACCCCUCUGGAGAAGCUCAAUCUGGACAUGUGCCAAGAUGACAAGAUGGUGCGAGAGCUCACCUUGGGUCGCCGCAUCGGCUUCUACAAGAUACGUGGCGAGAUCGGAUGCGGAAACUUUUCUCACGUCAAGCUGGGCAUCCACGCCCUAACGAAAGACAAAGUAGCCAUAAAGAUCUUGGACAAGACCAAGCUCGAUCAAAAGACCCAAAGACUGCUCUCCCGGGAGAUAUCAAGCAUGGAAAAACUGCACCAUCCAAAUAUCAUCCGUCUGUAUGAGGUGGUGGAGACUCUGACCCGUCUGCACCUGGUCAUGGAGUACGCAAGCGGAGGAGAGCUCUACACCAAGAUCAGCACAGAGGGAAAGCUCGUCGACAUCGACAGCAAGAUUGUCUUCUCUCAAGUUCUCUCAGCCGUGAAGCAUAUGCAUGACAAUAACAUAAUUCACAGAGACCUGAAAGCAGAGAAUGUUUUUUACACCUGUAGCACCUGUGUUAAAGUGGGAGACUUUGGCUUCAGCACCGUCAGCCGUCGCGACGAGACCCUCAACACCUUCUGCGGUUCUCCCCCUUAUGCUGCCCCUGAGCUCUUCAGAGACGAACACUACAUAGGUGUUUACGUGGACAUCUGGGCCCUGGGGGUCAUGCUCUUCUUCAUGGUGACCGGCACCAUGCCUUUCCGUGCCGAAACGGUGGCUAAGCUGAAGCGCUCCAUACUGGAUGGGGCGUACACAGUGCCUACCUGGGUUCCAGAAGCUUGUCAGAAACUGAUCCGGGGCAUCUUGCAAUCCCAGCCGUCUGACCGCUACAGUGUAGAACAGAUGAUGGGCUGUGAGUGGCUGCUGCCGGUGGAGUUUCCCAAGGCCAUGGAGCCCUUCAAAAUGGACCCACUCCAUCUGGCUGAGUCGAAGUCAGGGGAUCUUGAAGAGCAUGAGAUAGAGGUGAGAAACGCCCUGGAGGCUCUUGGCAUCACCGCAGACCACAUUCGUAACAACCAGGGCAAAGACUGCAGGAGCUCCAUCACUGGUGUCUAUCGAAUUCUCUUGCACCGCUCGCAUAAACGACAAGCGGUGGACAGCAUGCCAGUAGUUACUCAUGUAGUAAACGGAAGUGAUGCUAAAAAGGAGCGUCUCAAGACAUACAGGAGCCUGAGGCAUACGUCCAAACUCUGCAUCAUUCUGUGAUGCUCAGAAAGCUUAUAUAGAAAUGAGGGACAGAUAUAGUUCAGCUAGUUAUAUUUGAUAUACCUCUUUUGUUAUGUUUUUUUUUUUUUUCAUUGAAAAGGAGAUCUGUGAAUUUCUCUAAUGAAGUAGUCUACACGAAUGAAUGGAAAGUAUGAGUGUUUGCAGGUGAGUGUGGCAAGACUUUUGUCUUAAUGUCAUGUCAUAAAUGUAAUAAAGUGCUUUAGACUGCA